UCAAUGAUAUACUAAUGUCAAAAUUGAUAAUGACUUCAGUUUUGUACGCAACAAAACAAAACAAAACAUCAUUAUUAUUUUAGACAUGGAUUAUAUAGUUAAGGAAUUAGGUAUAAGUAAUAAGAAUAUAUUCCCCACUGCCUCACCUGGCCUUUACUCCGUCGUCGUCCACACGAGCUGGCUGAAGAAAUGGAUAAAGAACCUCGAAAUAGAUACCUCGCUAAACAAUGUAGAUUUUACCUUGCAACCUGGUGAAAGUGUACCUUAUCCGUGGCGAAAAAUAUUUAUGAGGGUGUUGAGUAAAAAAGUAUCCAAGGUUCUUCCUCUGCCUCGAUACAAACUCAACGAGAACACGAACGAUACUCCCCUCACAUUCUCUCAACUGCUGCAAUAUGUAUCACAAAGUAACCAAAGAACAUUAUGGAAAGAAUCUUAUAAGAAGUACUGUCAGAAUAAUGAAGGCAGCAAGGAAAGUACCAUAGUGAAUCUAUUAGAGCAUGACCAGCUCAUGUCCGAGGUCGUGCUGCGCUUGUACGGAUGUAAUAUAAUUAGAGUUAAGUGUGAUGCAACUGGCAAGCAUAUAGAGUACAAAGAGAUUAUACCUAAUAAGCAUGUCCUAAAAAUGUAUGAAACGCAUGGCAAUCUAAUAGCAGCUAUGUUUACUAUAGAAACAGACAAUAACUUCUUCAUAGUGUACAGAGGUCAAUAUGAUAAUACUCUUCUAGACUGUUUAAAUUUCAGCCCUAAUUUAAUAGAUAUGAAUUACAGCCGAGGUUUGUUUAUUGUGUACCAGUUACUGAAUUUAUCAAAGGCUAUGAGUGACAGAGGAUUAAGUAUAGGCAUGCUUACUCUUGAAGAUAUUUAUUUGUCUGAGAACUUGUGGAUCCAAGUGGUGCCUAUGAUAACAAAUAACAUACAUUGUUUGGAUGCCUCUUUGAUUAUUGAGCAUAAUAGGAGUAAGCAGACCACUCCUGCUAUCAGUCAAGGACCUCCAAGUAAAAAGGGGGAGGAGUGGUGUUGGAGGAAAGAGGCAGUCCAGUUAGAAAAGCUGUGUAUGCUGUGGGUGAGAGGCCGGAUAUCAAACCUGGAUUACCUUCUACACCUGAAUAUGUUGGCUGGGAGAUCUGCCAAUGAUCCCCAAGCUCAUUUCAUGGUUCCAUGGGUGACUGAUUUCUCAUCUAGAUGUGGCAGGAACUGGCGCGACCUCAGCAAGUCGAAGUACCGGCUGAACAAGGGCGACAGGCAGCUCGACAUGACAUAUGACGUCAGCAGCUGCACCGAUCAGAUACCGCAUCAUGUUUCCGAUGCCCUCUCCGAUAUUACGUGCUACGUCUAUUUAGCGCGCAGAACACCAAAAGAGGUCCUAUGUAAAUACGUGAGGAACAAAUGGGUGCCGGCGGAAUAUCCCGCGUCGGUCCAACGCAUGCAGGAGUGGACGCCGGACGAGUGCAUACCCGAGUUUUAUACUGACCCCACUGUUUUUAAGAGCAUACACGAGGAUUUGCCGGAUUUGGGUAUUCCAUCAUGGGCCACUUGUGUGGAGGACUUUAUAACAAAACACAGGGAAGCUUUGGAGAGCACGCACGUGUCGGAAAACCUUCACCAUUGGAUUGAUAUUACUUUUGGAUACAAACUAUCAGGCCCAGCCUCCAUAAAAGCUAAGAACUAUGUAUACAUAUGUCUCUCACUGGUGGACGGGCACACGCGGCUGCGUCGCGGCGGCGCCGUGCAGCUGCUGUGUGCCCCCCACCCGCCCCGCGCCGCCCGCGCGCUGCCCCCCGCGCCGCCCCGCCUGCACUGGACUGCGGCUAAGGAUGCUAAAAAAGCCCUAAGAAACGAUAGUUCAGACGACAUUUCGGAUGACGAAGAAGAGUCUACAAGCUUACCUCAGCACGUUUCCCGGUUAAACGUUCCUCCCCAACGCGUCAGAUCCCGACAUAAGAGCAGCAGUCGAGCUCGUUCCUUAUCCAAGAGCCAAGGACUUGAAGACUCUCACACAGUCUCCGAAGGUCGAGCUUCCUCCCACUCCCGUCACUACAGGGUCCAAAGAUCAGAACUGGGCAAAGGGGUCAUAUACCUCCCGAAAGAAUUCAACCCAGUAGCCUCCAUUCAAGCCAUAGAAUCCCUCGAUAAUUUCAGGACAAAAUGCUUCUUCACCAAAGCUGAUGAUAAGGAGAAACAUAGAGAAAAUGUCACCACUUUAAACCUUUACCCGGUACAACAAGAUAUGAGGCAAGAUAGUACCACAUCUACUAAAGAAGGGUCCGAUGAUACGGCGUUUACUAAUCACAUGUUCUUAGCGUCCUAUGAUCAAAGUUAUCUGAAGAAAUUCACGCAAGAUGCACACUUAGAAAGUGUACUCAAGGAAAGAAAGAAUAGAACUUUCAAUACUCGGUAUACGACAGAUGCGGCGAUCUACAAGCAAUUUGUUACAGAGAGUCGAAGGCAAGACAUGUUGGUCAUAGGAUGUUUGAUUGUAGAAAUAUUUCUUCAUACUUACAUGAGACCGCUUAGAACGCCCACCGAUAAUUUCUUGGAACGAUACAAUAACUGUCGGACUGUGCUAAAACAUAACUUCAAUGCGUUACCAAGGAGUGUUAGUUAUGUGGCCUCAUUACUUCUAAAUGUACAACCUCCUUGCUUAUCUUACAAGAAUGAGUUAACGCCCAAAAAGGAGGAACCGUUAAAGAAGAUUCUAGUUACCGAUAAAGGGUUGCCAGCACCAACACCCGCGCAACUGCUACAACCGUUAUUAAUGCAACAUUUAAUACCAUUUCCGCAAAGCUUUAAUAUAUUAUACAAGUUACUGAAUACGUUGCAUGAAUAUGAUCUCACUAGCACUGAACUAAACAUAUUAUACAUGUACGAAUGUGAUGGGGUUCAAUGUGAAAAGUAUCAAAAUGUCGAUAAGACGAAAUUAUACUUUAAUCAGAAAAUUGCUGAAGGAAAGAUUCAGGCUUGUGCCACACAUCUAGACGUUCUACUAAACCAAGUGAAUUGCUACAAUCAGUUCGAUGUGCUAGAUAUUUUCCUGUCUCAUUACAUAGAAUUACUUCAGAAUAAGGACACAUCAGUAUUAGCCGCGUGGUACUUAUUUGACACUGUGAGCAAAGCCUUAGGUCCUGCCGAAACGAGGAAAAAGUUGCUCAAACAUAUUCUGAAUUUGUACGAAGAUGAUGAUUUUGCUGUCGAUAAACCUGACCAGCAUAAGUUGACAGAUGUCGAUAGUUUAACUCUAGCUGGAGGAGUGUCGAAUAAACAGAAGUUUGUGAAACUCUAUCACAAUAUAUUCCUCCUUCAAUUGAUGGUGAGAUUAGGUCUUCAGUGUUUCUUAGACAAUUUUACCCAACAUUUAGUUGAGGCAGUCGGUGGUUAUAAAGAUGUGACGGAAGAAGUCGGGUCUCCUGGUCAUUUAUGUCACAAUAAAGCCUUGUCUAACAAGAAGCCUCGAUAUUCUGAUGAUAAUGUUAAGAAUGCUUUAUCGUCCAACACUGAUAUAUUUUCACCAGACACUUCCUACGGGUCGGAACAUGUGACCACUCCUAGUGUCGAAAAAACUGAGGCCAACGAAGGUUUGAAGGAGAAAGACAGCGACAAUAGAAGCGAAAAUGAAUUAUUUCACUUCGAAACUGAUAAGGAUAGACUUCCUAGUAGAAGUAGCAGAAGCAAGUCUCCUGCAGAGUCCAUAGACUCUUACAACUCUAAUACUACACAAGAGAAUAAUAUACAUACUCCAUCACCUUCAAUAGACCAUGUUUCACCAAUAUCGGCGAAAUAUUUCACGCCAAACAAUACAGCGCAAAAAGAACCCAGCGCUUUAGUCAAUAAAGAUCAAAAUCACGAAACCAUAACACCAGCUAACAAGCCUACUUCUCCGGUCAUAGAAAUUCCUACCAAACCGAUGUUCACGAGUUAUUUACACUUCGCUGAAGAAGAUGAUUCUGAGGAGGUUGAACUACGAAGAAAGUCUCAUGAUCCUCAAGUAAAUUUGGAUUUAGGGAGACAUAUGGAGAAUUCUAAAGCUUCUAGAAGUAUGAAUGAUGAUGAUUUUCAAGGUUUUAAGGAUCCAAAUAGUUCUAAGAUAUCUGAUAUGAGUUCCGAGAGUUUGAUCUGGUUGGCUCAUAGAUUAGGCCCGGUACUUACUUGCAGGUAUAUAACGAGGAAUUUGCUGAAGAUGUUGACGUUGUGUUAUAUUGGGAAGGAUAACUUGGCGCCGUGGGAUAGUGAGGAGAAAGAUGAGUUUGAUGAGAUAUCGAUAGUGAAUAGUAGAGUGGUGGGAGAUAGGAAUGCGAUGAAGGUCAUUAAGUGCCUCACUUCUAUUGUCGCAAUGUACGGCGAGCAGCUGAUAAUCUUCCAAUACCUCCCGCACAUGGGUGAGCUGAUCGCGUCGUGUCGCCGUCGCCUGUCCGCGCCGCUAGAGGGCGGGGUGGUCGCGUGUUUGCAGCUAGUCAAGUAUCUACUGCCGCAUAUGUCCGAUGUUAAACUUAUGGAGCAGUUGCAGGACACAUUCCUCAAAACCAUCCUCCAACCAGCUCUCCGCCUAGCCUCCACCACUCGUUGUUCGUACCCAAGUGGGGCGGCCGCAAGAUGUUCCCUCACUAGGAAACUGUUGGAUGCCCUACAUGUGUUAGCUGUCAGGAUCGGGCCUGAAAUGACCAGGAGACAUCUGUGUGUUCCGGCUUUGCAGAGAUUCUUCUUGGCGUUUGAUAAAGCAACUGGAAAAACGGAAAACUGGCCGAAACAGGAAGAAAGUACACCUGAAAAGUCCUCAGACCAAGAAUCAACAGACUCGAAGCCCGAAGGAUUCCUAGAGCUAUGUCGUGACGGCACGACGGCAGAGUGGCGCGUACAAGACGGACGAGUGGUACGCGCGGACUUACCCGACCUCGCCUGUACCCCGCCCGAUGUGUCUGAACAUCCGCAUGAUACUACUAGGUUAACGGCUCAAGAGGAACUGCUAAUGGUAUUCGACGAGGAGCUAGCGCACCGAGCGUACACCACGUUCGCUAAGUUCAUAGGAUCGGAGACCAUGGAGCGAUGCCUCAAGAACAUUGAUACUGUACGCGCGUUGUGUAGGAAGUAUGAACAUAGCCAUGCUGUUAGCUCCCCCUUCCAAAUUCGUCCCGACAAACGCGUCCAACCGUCAUUCAGUGAUGAACCACUAAACCGAAAGACCGAUUACUCUUCUGCCAAGCCCGAGGUCAUAAUGGACCAUAUCUCCAGUUCCAAUAGCUUUGGGUCCAAUGUGACCCUUGUGGGCAACAGGAUAGAUGUCGCUAGUGAUGCCUGUGAUGUUGGUAAUGGACCUCAGGGUCAUGGGUUUGAUGUCGUGGCGUAUAAGGCUGAUAAUGGAGUGAGGAGUAAUAGGCACUUACGAGGCGACUGGCUAAUCUACUGGGAGCAUGAAAUCGGCCGUUCUGACAAGGAAACCCGGUUCAACCUGAAACAGAUCAAGUUGCAGACAUUCGUGGGACACACGCAUUCCGUCAAGAGUAUACACUGCCUGGAUAAUGAGAACAGUUUUAUGAGCGGGUCCAAGGAUAAAACUGUGAGGCUGUGGUCUUUGAGGAAUCAGGGUGAUGGCAAUGCGACUACACAAUGCAACUGGACAUACACGGGCCACAAGAAAGGCGUUCUAUCGCUCACGUUCCUAGAGUCGUUACGUCUGGCGGUCUCCACUGAUUCUGUCGUCCAUAUAUGGGAUCCUUUCAUGGAGAGUGUGGUUUCUCAGUUGGACAACUUAAAGUCCCCAGUAAGCAUAGUGCGUACCCUGGCGGGCCCGUCGGCCGCGGUGCUGGCGGCCACCACGGACGCCACGCUGCGGGUCAUCGAUGCUCGCUCGCCGCACACCUCGCAUGAACUGAAGUUACCAAUGAGCGCGACGACGUUCAUCCGCUGCAUGUGCGUGUGUUCAUCCGGCGGCUGGGCGGCGUGUGGCCUCGCUAGCGGACACGUGGCCGUCACCGACCUGCGGACCGGACUCACCAUCGCUACCUGGCGAGCUCAUGAUGGAGAGGUGUUAAGACUGGCAACAGUAGACGAUCACAGACUAUUGAGCUCCGGGUUGGAUCAGGUCACUGCGCUGUGGAGGCCUGAUGAUGGAGAACUCAUAGCUCAUCUCAAAGGCAGCACAGAACCCGUCCAUUGUCUCUCAGUGUACUACAAAGAGUUAAUAUCGGGUACCACAAACAACCGCAUCGGAGUUCACACGUCAUUAUCUCAAGACGCCAGCUUUUCCAGCACUAAGCUACGGUCUGAUACGUUCAGAGGAGUUCUGACGUGUAUGGCUGUAUUGCCACUUAAUAGAUUACUGUUACUGGCCAGUGAUAAUGGUACUAUCAGUCUACUGUGCUGAGUUUCAGUAUAUUUUCAGUAGCUAAAGUUAAUUCUGAGGUACCUAUAAACACAUGUCGUCAUAUUGCCACUUAAAAGGCUACUUCUGCUGGGCAGCGAUAAUGGCACUAUCAACGUGUCAAGUUAUAGAAAACACUUAUAAAGCUUUUUAAAAUUAAAAAUGUAAUAGUUCUGCGUUCAGUAUUUCCUACUGCCACAUAAGUUUCUACCGGUGAAAAUGACACCAGCAUGUUAUAAGUGUGUUCUACCUUGUAUUGGCUUUAUGUUUCCUUGGCCAAGUUUUGCAAAUUACGAGCGAUGCUUUGCUUUCGAAUGCUCUUCGUUGAAACGUUUAAAUAUAUCUAUUCUGUCACAAAGUAUCGUGUAGUCGCUUGCUAUUUGCUAGCUUUUGAAAAGCUUAAAUGUAUGAAUAUUUGUCGAUAUUUAAUUGAGCUGUGCUCAAUUUUAAAGACGGAUAGGAACGUUGAUUAAAAUUAGUAUUAUUUGGAUAGUCAAGCACCAUUUCACGGCGCUUUUAGUGAUCUCUUACACAACAAACUAUCAAACAAAACCUUUACAUUCAUUUCAAUUCUUAGAAAAAUAGGUGAUAUUAACUGAUCAACCAAAGUAUACAAAGUUAUUAAGUUAAUGGAAUAUUAAUACCAAUCAAAUCAGUAUGUACUGAUAACAUUCCAAAAAUGACGUCGUAUGAAACUAAAGAUCUUGAAAUAUGAAAGGCAAAAUGAAAACUGAUCAUUCCAUAUUAUUCAUUCCUGGAGUAUUUUCUAAAAUUGAUAGUUAUUGGAUCAAAAACUUCAAAAUGUAGGCCUGUAAUGACCACUACUCAUCAAUUUAUUAUAUGCUAGACAAAAUAUGAUACAUGGAAAGAGGUUGUAUUUCAACUGCUUAUAAUCAGACUAAUAGAAGAAUGGGUCAAAAAGGUCCUUUCUUUAUGAGCAUUUUUGUCUAAUAUCCAUAUAAUAAAUAGAGUAUGAAAUAAUAUAAACUUGCUCUUAGCUUGUACAGUCAACUUCAGGUGGUAACAGUUUUAUAGGAAAAUCGUACUUAUUACUAUUGAGUUAAGUUGCAUGACAGUUACCACUGACGUGCAGCCUACUGUACGUAUUUAUAUUUAUAAAAGGCUUUUUGUAUGAACCGACGUGUAAUUGAUGCGGGAUCACAUAAGUCCCUUUGUUUCUUGCCGAACGAAUAUAAACAUUAUGUACGUGAAAAUAAAGUCGAAAAUUAAGAAACAUCGUCGCAUUACAUGUAAAUUUUAUGUAUGUCAUGAUAUUUUAAAUGCGACCUUAAAUCAACGUGUAUAAUGUUUAAUUUUCUUCGGCAAAUACUAGUUAGAAAUAAGUGUACAGUAUAAGUUACACUAAGUUCGUGUCGAGUAAGAUAAAUACUGUAUAUUACGAUAUAACCUUACCAUAUGUGUCAAAAGUACAAAAUAGUCGUUACCAAAGAGUUAUUCGAUCAUAAUAAUUAUUUUGAGAUUAUUGUCAUUUGUACCAUCAUUUAAACCAGUAAUAUUUAAUAAGCUUCUAUCGAAAUAACUACCUUAUUUUUCAUGUAAAAAGAUCGACUUACCUACAUCGCCAUAGCAGGCUAAUUUUGGAAAAGUAUAAGAGAUAAAAACCAAUAUAAUCAUGUAAAAAUGUAUGAAUUUGUGUAAAUGUAAUAAUAAUAAUAUUAUACAUCGAUAUUUAAUUCUUUUAUUAUAUUUUAGCUCAAUUUAUUACCAUUAUGAGUUUUAAAUGUAUUCUAUGUGAGUAAAUUAAUGUGUAGUGUUGCUAGUAUACAUACUUAAUAGCUAAAUAUAAUUUGUAAAUAAGAAAAAUAUUAUAAACUAUUGUAGGAUUGAUGGUCGUUUCUGCUUUAUCCCUCGGCUAGGCAAAGAGCAUUGGGAGACCCUUCGUUCAGUAAUUUGCUUCUAAAAAUGAUAAUUAUCUUAAAGUAUAGGUAUAUUAGUGCGCUUAAUGAAGUCACAAUUUCAGUUUAAAAGCUAGCACCAAACACUCCUAAUGUCUAAAUCUUACCUACAAAGAUAUUGAAUGUCGAGGAAACUUAGCAAAAAUAUAACCCAUCAGUCGGUCAAAAGUUCUUAAUAAUGUCACAAAAAUACGCGUAAAUUGCAACUUUCCUUUUUUAGUAUAAUUUUAUUUUAAAGCACCUUUGUUAGUGAUGUAAAGAACAAAUGAUAUUUCAGUCUGUAGUAUAAUUACAUAUAUACGUGUAUGAAAAAAAUCCAAAAUAUUAAUUGUAAGGUCAACAGUAGACAAAAAGGCGUAGAAAUGUAGUAUAAGGAAGAAAAAUAGAUGAUACAAGACAUUGCAUUGUGUAAAAUAAGACAAAGAAAACUGAUAAAUUGUUCAGUAACAGACCAAAAGUUCGAGACAGCCCUUUGGUAUCGUCGUCGGCUAUAACCGUUAUAUUUAUUUCGAUGCUGGUGUAGAAACUCGCAACUUUUUUCAAUGACUCAUGUUCAGUUACCACCCCAUAUUUUAUUCUCAUCGGUAGUUACAGUGCCAAAUGUCCAUCAUAUAUUCUUGACACAUCCAGCUUUUAAAAUAAUUACCUAGUUAAUUGAAAUAGCCCAAUAACUCUGAGAUAUUAUACAUUGAACAUGCCUAGGUCAUAUGUUCGUCGACACCAUCCAAAUGUAGAACAUAGUAUUAGAGAAGGUAAAGCCAGCCUUGAUUCAAAGUUUUACCAACCUGUUGUAACUAUGUAAUAUGUAAUGUAUAUUCUGUAUCGUAGCAAAGGUAUUUUUUUGUAAUAAAAGUAUUUUAUAACCG